AUGUAUAACGACGGUGGGUUCACGCAGCUUUUCGUGCUCGCGCUGGGAAUCGGCUUGGUACUAAAACCGCAGGACCUCCCGAGGGCUGCGCACUUUGUUGGGCGUCUCUGCGGUAGAACAGUGGCGCUGGUGAGGGAGCUUCGACAGGGCGCCACGCAGCUCGCACGUCUUGUCGAGGAAGAGGAGGGCGGCGUCAGUGCAAAAGCUAGCAGGCAAGGCGCUUCGCCAGAGAAGCAUGUGAACGCGUUUCAGCUACACAGAGAGCUGCAGGAGAGCGCGGCGGAGCUGCGUCAGCUCCGCAUCUUGCUGCGGCGGGAGUGGAAUGCGGCAACGCCCAUGGCCCAGGUGCGGCUGCCGACGGCUAUGGUGCAGAGCUAUCGGCCGCGGAGGCGGUUGCCAGCAGCACAAAAGACCACCGAGUCCGGCACUGCGGAGGACGGUGGCGCGGAUCUGGUUCUGCGGGCUCUGGAGGAACGAGCAUUUGCUGAUAAAGUUCAGCACGUGCUGGACGCUGCGACUGUGUCAAGCUCGGCAAGCUCAGAAACGAAUAGGCACUAA